GAAAACUUUUGUUCCUAUGCAUAAAGAUGUCUUUGGUGGACUUGGGGAAGAGGUUGCUAGAAGCAGCAAGAAAAGGCCAAGAUGAUGAAGUGAGAACAUUGAUGGCAAAUGGUGCCCCAUUCACCACAGACUGGCUUGGAACAUCACCCCUCCAUCUUGCAGCCCAGUAUGGUCAUUAUUCCACAGCAGAAGUGCUCCUUCGAGCAGGCGUUAGCAGGGAUGCCCGAACCAAAGUGGACAGGACCCCAUUGCACAUGGCUGCAGCUGAUGGACAUGCACACAUCGUGGAACUGCUUGUUAGGGUGUUCUCUGCACUUACACCUAUUUUUUCAGAUCCUCAGCUCUGUUAAUAAAUGCAACAGAAGUCUGUUUUUUUCCCCUUCCUUUCUCAUCUGUUAUAAUUUCCCCGUGAUGUCCUUAGAAGACCCACUCGUUGAAGGCAUUAUGUCUUUCAGCAUCAGGAAUGGAGCAGAUGUGAAUGCCAAGGAUAUGCUGAAGAUGACAGCUUUGCAUUGGGCCACAGAGUACCACCAUCGAGAUGUUGUAGAGCUACUUAUCAAAUAUGGAGCUGAUGUCCAUGCUUUUAGCAAAUUUGAUAAAUCUGCCUUUGACAUAGCCUUAGAGAAGAACAAUGCUGAGAUUCUGGUCAUCCUUCAGGAAGCAAUGCAGAAUCAGGUGAAUGCUAAUCCUGAAAGAGCCAACCCUGUAACUGUGGCUACCCCAUUUAUCUUCACAUCAGGAGAAGUUGUCAACCUUGCUAGCCUUGUUUCUUCAACCAACAACAAAACAACCUCAGGUGACCCCCAUGCCUCCUCAACAGUACACUUCUCAAAUUCUACCACCUCAGUGUUGGCCACCCUUGCAGCUCUUGCUGAGGCAUCAGCUCCCCUCUCCAACUCACACAGAGCCACAGCUAAUUCAGAGGAAAUCAUAGAAGGAAAUUCUGUUGACUCAUCAAUCCAGCAAGUUGUGGGGAGUGGAGGCCAGAGGGUGAUCACCAUAGUGACCGAUGGAGUGCCUCUGGGUAAUAUACAAACUGCAAUCCCUACUGGAGGCAUUGGCCAGCCAUUUAUUGUAACUGUGCAAGAUGGACAGCAAGUUCUAACUGUACCUGCUGGUCAGGUUGCAGAGGAGACUAUAAUUGAAGAAGAAGAAGAAGAAGAAGAGAAAGAAGAAGCAGAGAAGUUGCCAUUGACUAAGAAACCAAGGGUAGAAGAGAUGACAAACAUUGUGGAAGAAAGCAAGGAAGGCACUGAAAGAGAGCUACUACAGCAGCAGCUCCAGGAGGCCAAUCGAAGAGCCCAGGAAUACCGACACCAGCUCCUAAAGAAAGAGCAGGAGGCAGAACAGUACCGCCUCAAGCUGGAGGCCAUGGCCCGACAACAGCCCAAUGGAGUUGAUUUCACCAUGGUUGAAGAGGUGGCUGAGGUAGAUGCUGUAGUAGUCACAGAGGGGGAGAUGGAAGAGAGAGAGACGGAAGUGACCAGGUCAGGAGGGACCACAGAGCCUCAUCCUGGAGUUUCCCUGGAAACUGUUUCAUCUUAACAUACAAGGGCCACAAUUUGUACUGUGUCCAUCUUUUUCCCCUUCUCAAGAGAAAAUACGGAGGACAAACCUUGCAUAAAAACUAAGAAUGUCCUUAAGAAGAAAACUAUAGCUGGGUACAAUGCUUGGGCUCAGGAAGGCUCUCUAUGCAACUGAAAAAAUCAAAGCCAAAUUUAGGGAACACUUCUGAGAGGCCAAAAAAGUAAGGACCAAAUUUCUCAGUUUACAUUAUUGCUUUAAGCAUAGAGGUAAAAGAAUGUUGCAUGUUGUAGGUUGAUUGUUUUUUUUAAAACUGACUUUUUACCAAAAGAUAUUACUUUCUAUCAAAAGAUUUUUUAAUAACAUUCCUAAUACAAGCCCACCCAGAUCCUUUAAUAGUUGUACCAUCAAGUGACCUGAAAAUUUGCUUUAGAUUUAUGAUGUGUGUCUGUUACAGAAGAAAACUAAUUGAGAGGGAGAUUAGGAGCAAGCUUUGAGGAAGAGGAGGGAAUAUAGUCUAAUUCUAAAGGAGCAGGCGCUCCCCACUAUCCUGAGUUAACUUCACUAAAAAGGAAUUUGUGAUUGCCUGACUAAAUUUGCAUCCAUUGUGUGUCUGUAGCUCAGUAGCCAGUAUAAGAAACAAGUAUACUUUUUUUUACAUGCAUCUUUAUUGUUAAAAGUAUUACAGAUGUCCCCCCUCCCCCAUUGACACCCUAAAAUACAGAAACAAACAAAAAAAAAUGCAAAGGAAUGAAAACUUGUUUAUGUGGAGAAGUGUGUAUAAAUCCAAAAUCCUCCAGGCUGGCUUUCACAAUGCUGGAAAGUGGCCAAAAGAGGCUUGUUGGGGUUAUAAAACAAUCUGGUGUUGAGAUACAAACUUUGCUCUGGCUGGAUUUUACAAAAUUGCAAUCAGGAUGGUAGUCUGUUGUUAGAACAACUUGCUUCCAAACAUUUAUUUAUGUAAUAUUAAGCUUUAAUAGCAAUCCUUUAAUUUUAUAAAAGUUUGUUGAGUUUUCUAAGUGUGCCUUUCUGUAGAGCUUACACAGUAUCCUCUUAUAUGCAAUAAAAGGAGGGAGAGACAGUUGUUGAGGAUGUUGUGUAGUAUUGUUGCCAUUUGAUUUGGGAUGAGCAGAUUGCCUGUUUCUUUAAGACAGGACCUUAUUGCAGAGCUUUUGUGCCUUAUAGGUGCUUGGUGUGUGCUGGCAAAGGGAGUAAGAACAGUUGUGCCUAGAGUAAGGAACCAAACCUUCUGGACAGAUACUUCAUCUGCCUUACUCCCUUCUCUCCCACUGUGCCUGCUCCCUUUGCCUAGACACUUUUGGAAAGUGUUUCAUUGCUUGGUUUCUUUGUGUGCCAGCUUGGAGAUUUUUCAAAAGAAAGGGAAAUAUGGAUGGAGAGAGAGGUGGUGGAGAGGUUACAUUACAGAGGUUAUGCCUUUGAAAUUGGGCUCUUACCGUGCUUGACUUGCUUGCUUGCUUUGUUGUAAAUGACAAGAAGAAACCGGAGGGAGAUGAGCCAAGAAAACAUUUGAAUGACUUUUUAGAAUAUGGUUUUCUUAAUUAGCGAUCAUGAGGAAAACAUACAUUUUUAAUUUGGAAUAAAACUUGACAGUUAACAUGGUUCUCUUUACCUUGAUUAGUAAAGUAAUUUGCCACAGUUUUCCAGAGGUGAAAAAUCAUUUUGGGCUCAAAAUGAACUGAAAACAUAAUUCCCCAAACCAAAUUUAACAAGCAGAAUUGGCUAUUAGAGGCUUCUAGGCAAAAAUGUCAGUUUUGACAUUAAUAUUGAUGACUAGCCACCUUAGCUUGGUUGUCCCCAUGGACUUGAGUACUGAGCAUUUCCCAGUUAGCCAGCGAUUACUCUGGGUUGUUUCUAAUGAUGGAGAAAUGCAGUGGAGGAGCCUAGGUAAGGAUGAGGAUAAAAUUAUGGUAUCUGCUGUCAAAUUGUCCUGUUUCUGUUUGCGAUUUUUUUCCAAAGUCCUUUUGUGAACCAGGUGCUAACAAUAAGCUGCUAUUGUGUACCAUUUCAGAGCCUUAGCUUAACUGUAGAUGGACCAGGUGUCAUUUUAGAUGUGUUUUGUUUAUAUUCUUGUUGUAUAUGUUGACUUUAAUUCCUUUUUUUUCCUUUCCUGUUAAGGGUGUAGAGAUGAACACUGCAGAAUAUAUUCAGGCCGUACCACCUCACUCUCUAGGGUAGCCUAUGAUUGGGAGUGGGGAGUUUCCAUCCAACAACCCGUUUUGAGCAUAUAGACUCCCUACUAUUUUGAGGAACUGUUUAUCAGUUCUUAUUAUCUUUAUAUAGGAGACUGUCAUUCCUACAGAAAAAUCUCAAAUACAACCCAAAUCAAUUUCUGAUGAUGGUGUCUCUGAGGCUGGGAGUUAAAGGAGAGGUUGGGAUAGGAAGAGAGAGAAGGGAAAUGUCUGGAAAGGGGUGAAUAGCAAAAAGAUACUUGUUUUUAUUUCCUUGGAAUAGACCCAGAGAAGGGAAAAUAAGAUUUGGUCUCCAGUUGUAUUGUCAUGGAGAGAAUGGUAAGUCAAGAUCCCUUGAAGUAGUUAAAAGUUAAAUACUAAAUGCAUUAAUGGCAAUACCAUUUUAUGAUUUUGCAUUUAUUUUGGGAUCAGCCAUGGAAGUUGGGAAAAUGUGGCUAGAUAUUCUGGGUUAGGGAAUUCCAAUUGGCCUUUGGCAAGGUUGGAUUACAGAGAAUCAAAUAACAGACAAGUGGGUCAGAGUUGGUACUUGAACAGAAGAAACCUGGAGCCUAGGAUGAUUGCCUACUUUAAAAUAAAGCUGCUUUAAUAAUAUCAGUAUUAAUAUAGGACUUUUACACGCUACCUUUGCAUUCUGAUCUUAAGCCUACCCCGCAAAUAAAGAAAAAAGUAAAUCUUAACAUUUCUGUUCUUGUUCCUGGCAUCAGGGAAAUUACUUAUAAAUGUAUAAGUGUACAUUCUGUUCCUAUCACUACCUCUGUAGGAUCUCUUCAUUGUAAUGCCAGAGUUGAGGUCUUUUAACUGAAAUAUUGGAAAACUUGGCAUUAGGUUUUCUAUUUUGAACUCAAUACCUUAAAAGAUGUUUUUUUUCUCUGUCAGAUCUGUGUUCAGUUAUUUUUGCCUUUGCAUUUCCCCAUUCUUCAGCCUUACCCUUGCAUUAUUAAAAUUUGUGUGUCUGCUCAAUAACGUUAGAAAUAUAUGGCAUACAAAAUUUCUUUCUUUCUUUAUAUUGAUGUAAAAGAAAUGAAUUUACCAGAGAGCUGUGCAUUUGAAGUUA